UCUUUUCGUGGCGGACAAUCGCGUGCCAUACGUUUGAAUGUUUCGUCAAGUCCUACCUAUCGCCAGCACUUCAACACUUUCUUGCCAGUUUCGUUAGACAAGAGUGGAUCUCUCAGCUUAAGGGCAACGAUGCUAACAGUCUGGUUUCGAAUGAUGGUGUCUACUGCAACAUUCUUACUUAUGAUGGCAGCAGAAGCCCUUUCAAGUCCACAUGGUUUAGCUCAUCCUGGUUGUGAAGAAGACCAUGAAUGCUCAGAAAAUAUGUUCUGCUAUAAAAUGAGAAGUUGUGUUGAUUGUUAUAACUGUGCAUUAUACUACAGGAAACCAAAUGCAAAGAAGAUAUGUGCAAGGGAACCUAGUGAAUGUGGAGAGUGCGUUGAUGGCUAUGAAGCAGAGAUUCUAACAAAUGGCAAUGAGAGGGAUUACUGCAGGAUUAUGGAAAAGCCUGCUCCUGAACUGAUACCUGGUACUGCACCAUCAGUGAAUUAUACAACAAUGCUUAUCAUAGGUGGUGUUAUUGUUACAAUUGUGGUGGUAGUUGCUGGUUAUCUCAUACAUAGAUGGAGGAAAAUGAGGUACAGAGAUGCUGAUCAAGCAGUUCAAAACAUGCAAGAAACACUCAAUGCUGGGUCUGGAAAUGGCAUGUCACCACUGUUGGGAAAUACAAAUGGACGGAAGCCUUCUCUUGGAGAGCAGAUACCAUGCAACAGACCAUCUGCACCACCACAACCUCCUCCAUAUGAAAACACUCUGCCACCUCUUCGAGAUGAGGCUACAUUUGUUGUGGAACGAACUGUUAAAUGUAAAGAGGCCGUGUGCUUCAGAGAACCCGGUUUACAAAUAUCAAGUUUCCCUGACGAGGGACAAGAUGACCAAUCCACAGAUGGCUCUGAUACUGAUGCUAUUUUUCAUCCUGAUAUUAAUAUUGAGAGUGGGUAUCCAUCAGCAUUUCAUGAUGAUGACACUUUACCAGCGUCAGCAGAUGGAACUGACGAGAUAGUUGAACAGUCGGAGACCAAUUUGCCACCAAAUGCAGAGGCUCCGUCCUUCCUUGGAGUUUUGAUGAAUGUUGGAGUUAACAACAGUGGUGGUAGUGAAGCAUGUGAUCUGAAUGAUUCAGGGCUGUCACAAGCUUCAAGCAAUGUUUCAGUUAGUUCCUUAUCAGCUGAAGAAGAAGAAGAAGAGCUAAAAUUUGAUACUCCUAAUAGAUCUGAAACACACCAUGCAGAUGGCUGUAGACAAGAACACCAUACUCUGAAGAGGAGUGGGUGGCAACGAGAAGAAAGAACAUCAGAUGCAGCAGAUGUCACCUUGAAUGGUGCAUUGCUCCGCAUUGCAGUUCCUAACAGUGACACUGAAGCACAACAAGCGGGUGACUCAAGUGUAUCACAGGCUUCAAGUAGUGCAUCACUUAGUUCAAAUACUGCUGUUCCACAUAGUUUCUCUGAUGGACCUCUAGUCAAGAGGCGAAAAUUUGACUCGGGGAAUUCAAGUACAGCUGAAGAUCUUCAGGAAGAUGAAGAGACAUGCAGAUCACAGGAGAGUCCCAGAAUUAAUGUUCAUGCAAUCACAGUUUUGAAUGUACAAAAUGUGGUAAAUUAUAAUAUUCAAAAUACUUCUAAUACUCCUUGAAGUAGAAAACUUCUAAUAAAUCAUUUGUGAUAUUUUUUGUA